AUGAGACGACCUUCGAUAUCCACUGAUCCUCCAUUCAUUUGCUCAAACUCACCAAAUAGACGACCCCUCUUGAUAUCCUUUGUUCCUCCAUUCAUUUGGCUCAAACUCACCAAACGACCUCUGAUAUCCACUGUUCCUCCAUUCAUUUGCUCAAACUCACCAAAUAGACGACCUCUGAUAUCCCUUUUUGUUCCUCCAUUCAUUUGCUCAAACUCACCAAAUAGACGACCUCUGAUAUCCACUUCGUUCCUCCAAUCAAAUUUGCUGAUAUCCCUUGUUCCUCCAUUCACAAAUCACCAAAUAGACGACCCUCUGAUAUCCCUGUUCCUCCAUUCAUUUGCUCAAACUCACCAAAUAGACGACCCUCUGAUAUCCUUUUACGACCCUCUGAUAUCCACUUUUUCCCAUUCAUUUGCUCAAACUCACCAAAUAGACGACCCCUCUGAUAUCCCUUGUCCUCCAUUCAUUUGCUCAAACUCACCAAGCAGACGACCCUCUGAUAUCCUUGUUCCUCCAUUCAUUCACCAAGUGGACGACCCUCUGAUAUCCCUUUUGUUCCUCCAUCAUAUUCUGCUUCAAACUCACCAAAUAGACGACCCUCUGAUAUCCACUGUUCCUCCAUUCAUUUGCUCAGUAAAACACCAAGUAGACGACCCUCUGAUAUCCACUCUCCUCCAUUCAUUUGCUCAAACUCACCAAAUAGACGACCCUCUGAUAUCCACUGAUGCUCAAACUCACCAAACGAGCCCUCUGAUAUCCACUGUUCCUCCAUUCAUUUCUCAAACUGCUCCAUUCAUUUGCAUUCAAACUCACCAAAUAGACGACCCUCUGAUAUCCACUGUUCCACCAUUCAUUUGCUCAAACUCACCAAAUGGACGUUUCCUCCAUUCAUUUUCUGAUAUCCCUCUGUUCCUCUGUUCCUCAUUUGCUCAAACUCACCAAGUGGACGACCUAUCUGAUACUCCAAACGACCCUCUGAUAUCCACUGUUCCUCCAUUCAUUUGCUCAAACCUCCAUCCCUGUUCCAUUCAGCUCCAAACUCACCAAAACGACCCUCUGAUAUCCACUGUUCCUCCAUUCAUUUGCUCAAACUCACCAAAUAGACGACCCUCUGAUAUCCACUGUUCCCUCCGUUCAUUUGCUCAAACUCACCAAAUAGUAGACGACCUUCUGAUAUCAAACUCACCACUGACCCUCCUCCAUUCAUUUGCUCAAACUCACCAAAUAGACGACCCUCUGAUAUCCACUGGUUCCCUGUUCCCAUUCAUUUGCUCAAACUCACCAAAUAGACGACCCUCUGAUAUCCCUGUUCCUCCAUUCAUUUGCUCAAACUCACCAAAUAGACGACCCUCUGAUAUCCUGUUCCUGUUCCUCCAUUCAUUUGCUCAAACUCACCAAAUAGACGACCUUCUGAUAUCCACUGUUCCUCCAUUCAUUUGCUCAAACUCACCAAAUAGACGACCCUCUGAUAUCCACUGUUCCUCCAUUCAUUUGCUCAAACUCACCAAAUAG